CUUACCAAAAUGCAGAUUCUCUCCUCAGUGUAGCAAAGUAACAUAUAUGAUAAAGAAGUCCUCCAAUAAUCCACUAGCAAGAGACACUUUCAUUUGUUCCGUUUGAAUGACCACAACUUUCUCUGCAGAACAUUGAGUACCUAUUCCACAGCUAGAUCCAAUAAAUGAGUGUCUGAGCUUAGCUGAAUACAAUGUUGAGCAAAUUUCUCAGUUCAAAGAUCAGCAUAACUUGGAUGAAGUAUGGAAUGGACUUCUUCCAGAUCUGGAUGGAUUUAAGGAAGCAUGUUCGGAGCUCAGAGAAAGAUUCAAGCAGGUUAUCAAACAAAACCAAUGGUGGAAUCUUGUGCACCUCCACUCAGAUGCUCGAAUGUUUCUUAACCGCAUCUUUGACUCAGACAUUAUGAAAUAUUACAACCGACAAUUCCAGUCCAGGUCUUUCCAUGACUCUAAAAGAGGGUCUAGUCUUCGAGAAGGAGACACUCAGAUCUUCCUAAGAGCCAAAGUUGCAGAGCUAAAGAAGAAUCAAAUCUCUCUGCAGAAGAAACUUGACAAAUCAACUCAGGAGGCUGAAAGAAGAACUGCCCAGGUUAAGACAUUACUACAAGAAAAGGUUAAACUGGAUCAGGAAUUCAGAGAUCUUAAAAUAUCUACUGAACAAAAGAUAAUAGAUUCCCAAGCUAAAAUUCAGGAGCUUGGUAAAAUGAUAGAGACUAAAAAUAACGAAAAUUCUCAGCAAACUGCUCAACUUGAAGAACUCAAGAACCAAAUUUCUUUUCUGGAAAUGACUCUUGAAGACUCAACUAGCACUAUCACACAUGCUGAACUGAAAGAAAUCCACAAUUUAAUCACAAGCUCAUCUUUCAUCUUCAACAGAUCGUCUGACCUGAUUCUUAAAUUAAACAAAUGGUCUGAUCAAACUCUUCUCAAAGCUCUGCAGCUUCGAACUCUUCCUUCUUUGAACCAACUCUACAUAGAUUAUAUCGGCUCCUUUGAUAAUCCUUCCGUCAUUUCCAAGUUCCUUAUAAAUGCUGUACGACCAUAUAUUAGUUCUCUCAGAGAGUUUGUGGUUAUCAAUAGGAAAAUGCCUUGUAUUCAUGCAAGUAGUUUUAUCAGAGGUUUUAAGAAUAUUUUUGAACAAACCUCUAAUUUUAUUGGAUUGUACAGGUUCAAGAUAUCAAAGGAAGAGUUUGAGGCCUUAGUUAUAGCAGGCAGACAUUGCAAGGAAGUAAAGUUUAAUAAAUGUGAGAUAGUCACGGAUGAACAGGUUGAAUUUGGAGACGAACUGGGAGAUUCAAGUUUUAUAAAAAUUGAUUUUUAUAAAUGUGGAGGAAGUGCAUAUAGUAAAUGGAAGGAUAAUGGGUUUAAGAGGCUUCAUAAUAUUGUGAAAGGACUAGCUAAGGUUUCUCAAUUAAAGGAAAGAAAAAUUCUAUUGGGUCUCUCUGAAUGCGACCUCACUAAAGACGAAGCUCAGACAAUUCUCAUCGAAAAUGGAUUUACUGCAGCGACUAUCCAAGGGAUUUAGACUAAAUUUAUUUAUGAAGGAUUGCU